AUGGAUUACUCAACUCAGUAUCAACAGCCCCAUGGCCAACAUCCUCAUGCCCCCUCUCACAUGUCUGGUCCGUACCAAAAUGCACCACCCAAUCCUGGUGCUCCAGGGUCCAUGACAUCGCCUACCAAUGCGCAGGCACCUAUGCAGCAGACACACCCAAACCAUCAGUCUUCUCCAAUCGUCCCUUCUCAGCAACACUACCAAUCCGCUCAGAAUGCGCCUGGCGGCGUUCACCAGCCGAUGAGUUUCCCGCAAGGCUAUGGCGUGGCUGCUGCCAUGCCACAGUCCUACGGUAUCUCACCGACACAGGCCGCCGCAAUGGCCACAGCUGCGGCAUCCGGGCAAUUCUACCCGCUCCACCAAGAUUCCAUGGGUGGGCAGAUGGGUCAGCCGCGAGGCUCACCGCGCAUGGCAGGUGUUCAGAUGAAGGAUCGCAACCCGCGAUCGCCACAACAGAUCUCUGGCCAGAUGCCUCCGAUGGGAUCUCAGGUUGCCAUGCCGCCGAAUUCACAGAUGCCUCCUCGCCGCAUGAGCCAUGUUGGAGGUAGCCCUGGCGUUCAGAAUGCGCAGCCGGUGAUGAAUCACAUUGGUCGUCCGCCGAUCGCACCCCCAAUGGGCCCCCAGACAGUUUUGCAACAAAAUCAGCCAUCUCCAGAGAUGGUGGCUGGCAAUAACCAAGAAGAGUCUCCUCUCUAUGUCAACGCCAAGCAGUUCCACCGAAUCCUGAAGCGCCGAGUUGCCCGACAGAAAUUGGAGGAGCAGUUGCGGUUGACGUCCAAAGGCCGCAAACCUUACCUUCACGAGUCACGACAUAACCAUGCCAUGCGUCGGCCCCGUGGUCCUGGAGGUCGGUUCUUGACUGCGGACGAAGUGGCCGCUAUGGAGAAGAAGGCCGCCAACGGCGAAGACCCGACUCUGGAUUUUAGCAAGGAGAUCAACGCAAGGAAGCGGAAAUCAAGUGAGGUCCAUGAAGACCAGAGUUUGAAAAAGACCAAGAUGAGCGCGAGUGCUGACGCUAGUGAGCAAGACUCCGCCGACGCGUCGGAUGAUGAAGGCUAA